CUCUCUCCCCGUCCUUUCCACCUGCUGCCUGUCUGAACGCCUGCGCCGCCAGUGUGGGAAGUAAGUGAGCGCGCCGCUGCCGCCGCUCGGGUCCGUCUCCUGAGCAUGUUUGCCCCGACUCCGGUCUUGGUGGCCGUCGUCUGCAUUUUGAUUGUGUGGAUCUACAAAAAUGCCGACAGAAGUGUGGAGAGAAGGAACGGGGAGCUGAAGGCCAGGUCCAAGCCUCGUCCCUGGGUGGAUGAAGACUUAAAGGACAGCACUGAGCUCCACCAGGUGGAGGAAGAUGCCGAUGAAUGGCAAGAGUCAGAGGAAAAUAUUGAACACAUUCCAUUCUCCCACACCCGGUAUCCUGAGAAGGAAAUGGUGAAGAGAUCCCAGGAAUUUUAUGAGCUUCUCAAUAAGAGACGCUCUGUGAGAUUCAUAAGUAAUGAACAAGUCCCAGUGGAAGUCAUCGAUAAUGUCAUCAAAACAGCAGGAACGGCCCCGAGUGGAGCCCACACAGAGCCCUGGACCUUUGUGGUUGUGCGGGACCCGGACGUGAAGCACAAGAUUCGGGAGAUCAUUGAGGAGGAGGAGGAAAUAAACUACAUGAAAAGGAUGGGGCAGCGAUGGGUUACAGACCUGAAGAAACUGAGAACUAGUUGGAUUAAAGAGUACUUGGACACGGCCCCUGUUCUGAUUCUCAUUUUCAAACAAGUACACGGCUUUGCUGCCAACGGCAAAAGGAAGGUCCACUACUACAAUGAGAUCAGUGUCUCCAUCGCCUGCGGCAUCUUCCUGGCUGCCCUGCAGAAUGCAGGGCUGGUGACGGUCACCACCAGCCCUCUCAACUGUGGCCCCCGUCUGAGGGUGCUCCUGAGCCGCCCCUCCAAUGAGAAGCUGCUGAUGCUGCUCCCCGUGGGGUACCCCAGCAAGGAGGCCACGGUGCCCGACCUCAAGCGGAAACCUCUGGAUGAGAUCAUGGUGACGGUGUAGGCCGGAGACCAGCAGGGAGGUGCUGGCAGGUGGUGCCCCUGCUCCCCUCUCUCCCAUUCCUCUUGGCUGGGUCUCCGAGUGGCUCUUUUCUCUGGGUGCUGGGUCCCCUGGCACUCUGCUUCCCAGGGUGUGGGGUGCGGGGAGGGGAAUCCGUGGGUGAAGAAACCCUUGCACAUCCUCCGGCACUGAGUCUGAGACCCCCACUCUGGCAGCCGGUGUGAUGAGAUGAGUGAGCACACAGAGCAUGAGCAGCACACCUGUUCUCUCCCAUUUCUCCUCCACCCUGGGAAUGCAGUUUUACCAAGAACAUGCUCUGGUUUUUAAGUUUUUAAAGGUGUUCUAGAAGAA